AUGUCCCACAUCACGCUCGCCCAGCAGGGCAUCGCUGCUGUCGAAAACAAAGCCUGGGAUGAAGCCAUCACCAAGCUCUCCACGGCGCUUGAGCAGUCCACCAACCCGGGCUGGCUCAUCGGCCGCUCCAAGGCCCUCGUCGCCGUCUCGCGCUUCCGCGAGGCCCUCGAGGACGCCGACCUCGCCUGGCACUCGGCGUACCAGCGCAACAAGCGCGACCUCAUGAUCGAGGCCCACUACCGCCGCGCCGUCGCCUACUUCCGCCUGGGCGAGUUCGCCAACGCCGACUGCUGCUGCGUCUACUCCAUGCGCCUCGCUAAGGGAAAGUCGGCCGUGGAGAAGGAGGAUCCCGUCAAGGACCUCAAGGACGGGAGCGGGCGGUGGACCGUGACCGCCCAGCAGGUCAAGGACGAGAUCUCCAAGGACGAGCUCAACCAGUCCAGCUCCGGCUCCCUCGCCGAGGCGACCAAGGCGGCCGGGGAGUCGGUCAAGCAGUGGCGCCGGGCCAGCACGUUCCGCAUCCAGGCGAUAUCUCGCCUCGAGAAGCUGCCGGAGGAUGACCCCGCCAGGAUCGCCACGGCGGCUCUGCAGCCGCCCAAGAAGGACCUCGCCAAGCUGGGCGGGAUUGAGAAGAAGAAGGCCGAUUCCAAGGCCGCUGGAUCAUCCGUCGCUGCCCCCGCCGUGGCGAAGCCCCAGGUUCCGACCAACACGCCCGUGCGCCUCCAAGACUUCCAAAACGACUCAACCAUGUCUGUCACCAUAUUCUCCAAGGGGGUCAACAAGGAGAAGCUCGAAGUCGAGUUCCUUCCAAAAUCGGUCCGUCUUGACCCCAUCAUCUACCCCAGUGGAGAUGAGAAGGCCUUCAAGCUCAAUCUCUGGGGCGAGAUCGACACGGCCGCUUCCAAGUACACCGUCACCCCCAGCAAGGUCGAGCUCAGCUUGAAGAAGAAGUCACCCGGCAAAUGGCCUCAGCUCAAGGGUGAGGGCAGCGACGACGAGCCCUCAGCGGAAGAGAAGAUGGCCGAGGCUCGCGAGAAGGAAAUUCUCGACCACCUUAAGGAAUCACGCAAGAAGGCCAUGGACGAGGCCGACGAGGAAGCAGCUGAGGAGAAGAAGGCCGAAGCCCCAGCACCAGCACCAGCCCCGGUCGAAGAAAAGAAGGCCGAGAAGGCACCUGCCCCAAGCGGGCCAUCAUACCCCACGUCUUCCAAGAGCGGCCCCAAGAACUGGGACAACAUUGAGGGCGUCGACUCGGAUGAGGAGGAGGGGGACGUCAACAUCUUCUUCAAGAAGCUGUACAAGAACGCUAACCCCGAGCAGCAGCGGGCGAUGAUGAAGAGUUUCACGGAAAGCAACGGCACCAGUCUGAGCACUGACUGGAAUGAUGUGAAGGCACGCAAGGUCGAGACUCUACCCCCUGAUGGAGUUGAAGCCAAGAAGUGGUAG